ACAGAGACCUCUACAGCACAGAGAUCCAGCUAUGGCACCUACAAUCACUGCAGCAAUGACCAACUCUCAGGACCAUCUGACUCUGACCCACAAGCUCAGAAAGCCUCUGGUGGAGAAGUUACGCAGAGAACGAAUCAACAGCAGCAUUGAGCAGCUCAAGUCUCUCCUGGGUCCAGAGUUCCUCAAACAGCAGCCAGACUCCAAGCUGGAGAAAGCAGACAUCCUGGAGAUGACAGUUUGCUUCCUGAGACGACUGCAGCAGCAGCAUCAAGAUGUGGAGUCAGCAGCUGUGGAUCAGGGCUACUCCAGGUGUGUCCAAGAAGUGGCACACUUCCUGUCCACGGAGGUGAAAACACAGUCCCAGAGAAGACUGCUGAACCACUUCAACAAGCUGCAGUCUUCCUCUGAUGAGAACCUAAGAGAGUCUGACUUCUCUCCUCUGAGCUCCACAGUCCAGACCAGCAUCACCAAAGAGAAGAGUCCAGUCAACAGCGCCCUCUGGAGGCCGUGGUAGACUCAUACAGA